UUUCUUUAUAAAUAUAGCACUCUUAUCUCUCUCUCUCUCCCCAACUCUGGAACUGUCAUAUUUAAUCUUGUGAUUUGCUUUAGAAUGUCUCUGGAAAAUAUUUCUUCUGAAUGCUUCUGUUAUGUGCACUGCAACUUCUGCAACACAAAUUUAGCGGUGAAUGUUCCAAACAACAUCGUGUGCAACGUUGUAACAGUUAAGUGUGGACAUUGUUCUAAUUUAUUAUCUUUGAACACAACUGCUAUGCAACAGACUACCACUCAUCAUCAUCUCCAAAAUGUUCAUAAGCAAAACGUCCUACAUCAAGAUUUAAAUGAGCGUUCUUUGUCAUCAAAGGACAAUGAAGUUUCUGUAUUAGUCUUUCCAUCACAAAGUGAAAGAUCAAGAACACUUUCUGCACAUGCCAUAGGGAAAAGACAACGUCCUCCUUCAGCAUACAAUAAAUUUAUCAAGGAAGAGAUUCGAAGGAUAAAGGCAAACAAUCCUAAGAUUAGCCAUAGAGAAGCUUUUAGCACUGCAGCAAAAAAUUGGGCACAUCUCCCUCACACCCAAUUUGGGUUAACACUGAAAUAGGAGUAUGAAGAAGGACACAACACACAGUGUCAAGGAACUAAAUAAUGGCUGCAUGCAUUUGAGUUUCUAUUUAUAUGUGGUGUGAGUUCAAUUCUAGUUUAUUUACUGUUUUCGGUGCCCUAAAAACUGUACCAAUUGUAGGUAUAAGCUGUUCAGAUUAUCUUGUUGUAUCAUCAUAAUUUUCUUCUAUGAAUCUUAUAAAUGUAAUCUGUUAUUAUUUUUCAAACUUAUGUUGUAAUUGUUAACUGUCUUUUGAGUAUCGACUGUGAAUUUCUUUA